AUGCACUGCUUCUCCGCACUGCUGUCCGUGCUUCUGGCCGCCCUCGCGGCUGCCUCCUCGGAUCUUUUUGACAACCAGCUGGGCGACAUCAAUUACUGCAAAAAGCAAUGCCAGCUCACCAUCAAAAACAAAAGCCCUGCUAAAGACUCUAUAAUGAAUGCCUGUCACCGCGGAUGUCGUCUCUACUCCAUCUGCCAGUUCGUCAAUGGCAAUGCAGGCUUCAACACCAGCAAGGACGAGUGUCAGGGAGCAUGUCAGGAGGCUUACAUGAAGCUGCUGGAGCAGGAUGCCUGUAUCACCGGCUGCACUAGUCAGCCUCCUGAGCCGGAGAUCCAGAGGAGGAAGUUGAGGGCCAUGACCCUGCGGCCUAAGGCCCCUUCCGUGAUGGAGGCGGUGUCCAGUUGGUGUAACGACAUCGUGAGCUCGGCCCAGAGCUUCAUCUCCUCCACCUGGACCUUCUACCUGCAGGCCGACGAUGGCAAAGUGGUGGUGUUCCAGAGUCAGCCUGAGAUGGAGUACAGUGUCCCUGAGCUGCAGGCGCCUCGUUCCAACGUGGCCGACAAACCCUGGCCACAGGUCCACUCUCACACCCCGAGGCCUCACGGUCUGAAAGGACAUGACAAGGGCGCGGCUAAAGUAGGAGGAAAAGUGAAGCAUCCAGCGCAGCACUCAGAGGACCCGGCGGCCGAACAUGACUUCCUCGGCUGCAUGUCCAGGCGCUCGGGCCUCCCUCGCUGGAUCCUAGCCGCGUGUCUCUUCCUGUCCAUCAUGGUGAUGCUGUGGCUGAGCUGUGCCAGCCUGGUCACUGCUCCAGAGCAGCACGUCAAGACCCAGCUGAGCAUCAAUGGAGAUAAGGAGUUUCUGGACAACAGCCAGAAGGUCAGCACGUUUCACCUGAGCCCAGUGAUUGCAGUCACUAUGAAACAAUCCGAGGAGACCCAGGAGGCCGGCCCUCUGCCGGUCAAAGUGGAUCUCAACAAAACGUGUGUUUAA